AAUAAAUGAUAAAACUAACCUACAAACUCGUGAUCCUUUUAUAAAAAAUAAAUUUACGAAAAACAGUAGGUAUCUUUUUAUCUUUAUAGGUAUUAUUAUUUAACCCAAACAAAAAAAAGUAAAGUAAAUGUAUAGUUGAAAAUAAACUUUAGAGUUAUGCAUGCCUGGACUAGAUCAUAAAUGUGAAAAGUUUUUGAUUUCUCUGAAGAAAAUCGAACACCUAUGUCGAACACAAAAGUGAUUUGGGCCCUAUAAAAUGGUGACUUAUCAGCCAGACAAUUCUUAUUACAAAAAACUCUCCAUUUUGGGAGAAUGCUGCAAUGGAUUGGCUAUAGUGUACUUGGCUAAACAUGUUCCUUCUCAAAAGCUUGUUGCUUUGAAAAAAUUUAACAUGGAUAAAGCAAAACAUGCUAAUUUAAUACAGCAAGAAGUAAUUUUAACUAGACAGCUUCAACAUUCGAAUAUUUUACCUUACUUUGUUUCUUAUGUCAUUGACCAAGAGGUGUGUGUGAUAAGCCCACUCAUGGAAUUUGGUUCAUGUAGAGACUUACUUAACACCCACUUCAUUGAAGGUUUACCAGAAAGUGCUAUAGCUAUUAUUAUUAAGGAUGUUCUUGAGGGAUUAGAUUAUAUACACAAAAAGGGUUUUAUUCACAGGGCAUUAAGGGCCAGUCAUAUACUUAUAUCACAGACCGGACAUGUAUGUUUAUCAGGUUUACGAUACAGUUGCCCCAUUAUUUAUAAUGGUAAAUGGCAGAAACAGAUACAUUCAUUUCCUGAGAGCACCAUGGAGAAUUUAAAUUGGCUGGGACCUGAAGUUCUUGAACAAAAUCUACAGGGAUACAAUGAAAAAUCAGAUAUUUACAGCAUUGGUGUAGUAUUGUGUGAACUUGCAAAUGGUACGGAACCUUUUGCAGGAAUGCCUAUUACAUUAAUGCUUAUAGAAAAAGUUAGAGGGGCAGCACCCCAAUUAUUAGACUCUGCCACAAUACCUAUUGAGGAAAAUGAUGAAAUUAAUGGAUAUACAUUGAAUCAAGCAAAUAGACGGUUCAGUGAAGGUCUACACCAGAUAGCAGCUCUUUGUUUGCAACGUGAACCAUCACAUCGGCCAUCAGCGAGUCAACUGUUAACACAUUCCUAUAUGAAGGUACAUCGUCGAGGAUUAUCUUUACCCCACCUACUUAAACCAGCAAUACCCUUAAGCGAUAAAGUUGCUUAUAACCCGGACGAAGUUGCGGAUUUAGAAACAAUUCAAAGGCUUAAUGACCUAGAAAUAAGCUCAUAUGAGUGGAAUUUUUGAUGUUAGUUUAGUUUAUACUUUGAUACUCUAUUUACUGUUUCUUAAUGGUCAUUGAGAAUCGAAUCCCAUUAUCUUAUGGAUUUGAAACUUUCAUCAGAACAACUUUAGUAUUUUGAUACUAUGUACCUGCUUCUUGUAAAAAUGUGAGUGAGAUAUCCGGCGUGAGCUUAUCGCCAUAUGACAUUUGUUGAUAAAUUUCAUACAUUGCUAACGUUUUUCUCUUUGAAGGAAUAAAAAAAUUAUUUUAGC